AUGGCUGUCAAAUUACCGACAUUCGAUGAAUUGCCUGCCGUUGAGGGUAUGCCCCAGGGAUGUGCGUGGGGGGUCUUUGAUCAAGAUGGUGAAAAGGAUGUCUAUGGAACUUUGAACCUCUUGACGCCUGAGACCGUGAAAGCUGCAGCUGAGGAAGUUCAAGAUGGUAUCUCUAUCUCCUUAAACUGGCCCAUCGGAAGUAUCAAGAUGCCGGGAUUCUUCAGGAAGAGCCUGGAUCACAAGGUGAUGAAGCUGGAAGAUCAUCAAUCGGGUCUGCACUAUGGUUUUGAUGAUGAGGUGUCAUUCAAUACACAGGCUAGUAGCCAGUGGGAUAGUCUUUGCCACUUCAUGCAUCAACCCUCUGGGAAGGCAUACAAUGGGGUAUACCCGACUGUCGCCGAUAUGGAAGUUUCUUCCAAAGCGAAUCAGAAGCUCCCCACCAUUGAUCAUUGGCACAAUCGCGGCUGCGUCGCUGGACGAGGCGUCAUGAUCGACUUCAAAUCCUACGCGGAGGCCAAGGGCAUCGACUUCUCGCCUUUCAUCGAUUUCCGCCUCAGCCCAGCCGACAUCGAAGCAGUGGCAGUGUACCAAGGAGUUACAUUUCGCCCAGGAGACAUCUUAAUCAUUCGAUUCGGUAUGACCGAGGCCCUUGGCAACAUGACCGGUGAAGAACAAGCAGCUGCCAUGUCUAGCAUCAAGUAUUGCGGUCUUGAGGGUACUGUGGAUAUGGCACGCUGGCUUUGGAACAACCACUUUGCUGCCGUUGCGAGCGACAAUGUUGCCGUGGAAGCCAUGCCACCCAUGGCAAAUGGAGAGGUCCUGCCCCUUACUAAUUUAAUUCUGCAUCAGUGGUGCCUUGGCUUGUUCGGUAUGCCUCUUGGUGAGCUUUGGGACUUGAAGGAGCUGUCUGAGAAAUGCAAUGAGAAGAAGCGAUACGCUUUUUUGCUAACCUCAUCGCCUCUCAAUGUCCCUGGUGGAGUUGGCAGUCCUCCCAAUGCCUUAGCUAUUCUUUGA